GAGAUGAUUCCUUUGGAAGGGGCGAACGCUAAUUCACGCGUGUCCCCCAGUCUGACGUAUCUCUGCAAUGCUCGUUGAGAGAGGCGAAAUAGUAACAGCUAGCCGUCAGCCCUCCGCAACAGAGGCUGCUCUCUCUCUCUCUCUCUCUCUCUCUCUCUCUCUCUCUCCGUCUCCGUUGCCGAAGAAGGAAAAGGACAAUGGUGCGUUGAUUCUCUGCAUCGUGAAAGGUGCGAUGGCCGUCGCGUUGGGCAAGCUCACCAUCAUCGUCGGAGCAGGCUUUCUUGGGACAGUGCUUGCAAACGAUGGUGGAGCCUCAAAAGUUUCUGACUUCCUUUCGGGGGCCCUGAAGAUUGUCUUCAAGCAUCUUCAGCAGGAUAGUUCGACAUCAAAGAGCAAGCCACAAAAUGAUAUGCUGAUGGCCCAGGUAGAUAGUUUAAGGGCAGAGUUGCAGCAGUUUGCAUCAUCAAGAUCAGUUACAGUUAUAACUCGAAAUUCUAGAUCAGGUGCUCAGUCAUACACUGUUCCUGUCCUUGUCAUUGGAGUUGUUGGAUAUGGCUAUAUCUGGUGGAAGGGCUGGCGACUGUCUGAUUUGAUGUUUGCUACGAGACGCAGCUUUAAGGAUGCUUGUACAACCAUAGCUAAGCAACUUGAUCAAGUAUCAUUAUCUGUUUCGGCAGCAAAGAAGUACUUAUCCUCAAGAAUUGAUCGUGUUGAUCUCAAUUUAGAUGAAUGUGCUGAACUAACUGCUGCUACCAGAGAUGAGGUAUCUCAACUACGAGGUGAUGUAAGUACCUUUGUGGUGGAUAUUGAAUCUGUUCAUCGUGCUGUCCAAUGUUUGGAAACAAAGAUUGGGAGAAUAGAAGAAAAACAGGAUUUUACAAACGAUGGUGUACAUCAGUUAUGUGUGUUUGUGCAAAAGUUGGAAGAAAGAAAACAUGCAGAACUGAAUCAGGUACUGCCUUCCUGCUCCUCAGUGCCUUCUCUUGAGCCUCCUCCUGUCCUCACGUCAAAUGUUAGGACAAUAUCGUUUUCCUCAGCAAAAACUCUGGCACUUGAAUCACCAUCAACUUCUAAGGAAACGCCUAAGGUCACUCGGCCUUUGCAUUCUGCAGCUUCAGCAUCUGGCCUGAAGGAUUUACAAGGAAUAUCAGAGUUGACAAAGGCACCCGAGUUGGAAACUCCUAAUCAGGUCCUUGUUUCAGAAUCAUGUACAGAUACACCAUCAACAUCAUCCUCAAGUUCUGAUCGUUCCAGAUGGAGGCUUCCCGGGUUAAAUGUGUCAUUUCUUACAAGAACUCACAGUGCUACGUACUCCUUCAAGUAGUGCCGUGGCACAUUUGGUGAGCAAUUAUGUUUAUCCUUUCCAUCUGCUAGUAGUUGGCCCAAAAAAAAAAAUGCUGUUCUGUUGGUACAGCACUGAAUUUUGUAGAUUUGCUAUUCAUUUAGUGAGGUGGUAAUUUAUGAUAUAAAAAUGAGUAAUUAAGUUAGCAUGUCCAUAA